AUGGUGCGAAUCAGCGUCCUCCGCGACUGCCUGAACAACAUCGUGAACGCCGAGAAGCGCGGCAAGCGCCAGGUUCUCAUCAGGCCGAACUCCAAGGUCAUCAUCAAGUUCUUGCAGGUGAUGCAGAAGCACGGCUACAUCGGCGAUCUCGAGAUCAUUGACGACCACCGAGCAGGAAAGGUCGUUGUGGAGCUCAUCGGCCGCCUGAACAAGUGCGGCGUUAUCUCGCCCCGCUUUGACGUCUCCGUGGAGGGCAUCGAGCAGCUCGCUAGCGAUCUGCUUCCGUCCCGACAGUUCGGCCACCUUGUUCUGACGACAACCUACGGCAUUAUGGACCAUGAAGAGGCGCGACGCAAGCACGUGGGUGGCCCCUAUAUUAUGCUCUCUCGGGGCCGUUGGUUGCAGCGGACUUGCUCAAGCCAAGUGCUUCCCCGACGAAGCCCAAAGCCUCCCCAAACUCCUGUCGCUAUGGUGCGGAUCAGUGUCCUCCGUGACUGCUUGAACAACAUCGUGAAUGCCGAGAAGCGCGGCAAGCGCCAGGUUCUCAUCAGGCCGAACUCCAAGGUCAUCAUCAAGUUCUUGCAGGUGAUGCAGAAGCACGGCUACAUCGGCGAUCUCGAGAUCAUUGACGACCACCGAGCAGGAAAGGUCGUUGUGGAGCUCAUCGGCCGCCUGAACAAGUGCGGCGUGAUCUCCCCCCGCUUUGACGUCUCUGUGGAGGGCAUCGAGCAGCUGGCCAGCGACCUGCUCCCCUCCCGUCAGUUCGGACAUCUCGUGCUGACCACCACCUACGGCAUCAUGGACCACGAGGAAGCCCGUCGAAAGCACGUUGGUGGCAAGAUUGUGGGCUUCUUCUUCUGA